CAGCUGCUUUGCCAGGGAAGCCAAGUGGUCAAACCUUUCAGUGAAGAUUACAGAGGAAGAUAUAAGGUUUGGCUAAGGAGGGGUUUAGAUAAGAAGGGGGACUGAGGUAGGAAAAGGUGGGAUUAGGGAGGGUUAUAGAUAAGGAAGGAGGGAUUGAGGUGGGACUUAGAUAAGAAGGGGAAGAGGGAGGGCUUAGGAAGGGCUUUAGAUAAGGAAGGAGGGAUUGAGGUGGG